GCGCCCUCCUCAUCCUCGCCUGCGCGGCUUCCUGACGAGCAGCAUGACGGCCAGGGAGGAGAUGGGUGAAGAGAAGUCCAAAGGCAAGAUGUUAUCCCCGGAAUUUGGGAUCGACAAGUCACGGUUGCACAGCUCCGGGUUUCGCUCCAAAGGCUUCGCCAUCACCGACCUGCUGGGCCUGGAGUCGGACCUGCAGGUGCGACAGCCGCCCGCGGGGGCCCCGGGCCCAGGCCUACCGGCGGCGGGCCCCCUUUCCGGAGUGGGGCCUUGGAUAGUCUGCAGGAGGUUUUAUUGCCUCGGGUCAAUCCAACCACUGUUUAAACGUGAUUAUAUCAGAGUUUGUGAACGAAAUAAAAAAGGACAAAGGUGCAGUGAGACGGUGCGCGUCUGUUGUGACGAGCAGGUGUGUUGUCUCUGUGCAGAUGAGGAGGGUUUGUCGGACAGAAACGACUCCAGCAGCUCCGGAAACUCUCAGAAGAGGAAGAAGCGGAGACACAGGACGGUGUUCACCUCCCACCAGCUGGAGGAGCUGGAGAAAGCUUUCCACGAAGCCCACUACCCCGACGUCUACGCCCGAGAGAUGCUCGCCAUGAAGACCGAGCUGCCGGAGGACCGGAUACAGGUGUGGUUUCAGAACCGACGGGCCAAGUGGCGUAAGCGUGAGAAGUGCUGGGGUCACAGCAGCGUCAUGGCGGAGUACGGUCUGUACGGGGCGAUGGUGCGACAUUCUAUUCCGCUGCCCGAGUCCAUCCUCAACUCCGCCAAGAACGGCAUGAUGGGAUCCUGUGCUCCCUGGCUGCUCGGAAUGCACAAGAAGUCUCUAGAAGUAGUCAAAAAGUGUUCCAGCAACCUGGAGUCAGAUUCGACUCACUGCGACUCAUUCUAUGAGGCUUCGGAGCGACGGGGCGGCCGCAGUGAGGCCCGUGAGCCGGAGCAUGAAGGAGGGGGGGAGGAUGAACUGCUGGAGGAGGAGGAAAUGGAGGGGGAGGUGGCCAUCGACCUGUCCAGCUCCUCCAAACAGCAGCAGCAGGAUGUGGAGGGCAGAGACUCAGUAAAACCUGCCUCCUCACCACGACAACAGAGUGGCAGCGAGUCGGAUGAACACAGCUGAAGGUCGUAGGGGUCAAACACCAUCAGAAUGAAGAUGUGGUGACAGCUCUGAUCAAAGUGCACAGACAUUUGAUUGGCUCUUCUGUCGGUGAACACAGCCAAUGAGUGAAUAGACAUUUUGUUACUAUGCAAAGUUUUUAGUCCAUAGAAAAUGUUAGCACGCUAAAAUAUUUAUGCUAAUGUUGUUUACUGGUAAUGUAAAAUGAAACAUCAUCGUGCUACUAUUUUAGCAUGCUAAAUAUAAUUAUACAUAUUUGUAUAUGUACAUUUAUACAUAUAAAUAGGCUGAAACAUAACUGUUACAUUUAAGUGUUAGGAUGUUAACAUCUGAUACUGAAACCAAUGAAGUUUAGUGACAAAAGUACUUAAAUGUUGAAUAUUUGUCAGUUAUUUCAGGGUUUCCAAACAAUGAAGCUACUCUGCUAAAAACAUUUUCAGCUUCGCUCAAUCAAAUCGGGCUAAUCGGGCAGCUGGCCACGCGCCCCUGGCCACGCGCCCCUGGCCACGCGCCCCUGGUGCUAUGCUAACAUAGCAAGGAACACCACCGCUACCACAGUCAGACUGUCUCUGUGGAAUUGGACCAGUCGAGGAUUUUCUGACAGAUGUGUGAACUGUUUGAGGAGGAUGUCAAUGGGGACGUCUGUGUGUUUUUAAUGUAUUGUACUGACAGUGAGUUUUAUAGCCAUGUUUUUUUGAAAAGAAGAGGCAAGUUAAUGUUUUACUGGUGUUGGCUUCUGUGUGUUUUAUAAUUUGUCAAGCACUGAUCAGCCUGACUGGGCUCUGCCAAUGAAUGUAAUGUAAAUGUAAUAUUUAACAAAGUCUGUUUAUUAUUAUCAAAUGUCGCCAGCAGCAGGUUCGGUGGGGGGGCGAAUAAAAAAGUAUUUUUGGAAUCACUGGGGCUUUUAUUUUUGUCAUUUAUCAUUAUCAGCACAACCCAAACAGGGUUUAAUAUAUUGAUUUAGGUUUGAUAAAUGUGACUAAUUAGAAUGAAUGAGCAUUAGUCAGGCUAAAUAAUCUUUGUUAUGGCCUAGUGCCACAGCUUCAUUGCCUGAAAGGGAAAAUUGUAGUGUCACUUUUUAGUGAUUACUGCCAAUAUUAAAAUUAAAUCCUUUAGUGAAAUUAAAUUGAUAGUGAUAUUUCACAACCAAGCAAAUCAGGCAACUGCCCAGCGGCUCCAGAAGUCCAACGUUCACUCUAUAUAAUCUGGAUGUAGACAUAGAAAUUUACACCACUGAAACUGAGUAUUACCUCCAGCAGAUCCUCCAUCCUCCAUGUUGUGGCUCUGGUCUUUGAUGGACCCUGAACUAUUAUCAAGUUCAUAUAAUUUCAAGUUGUGUUUUAUCAAAUAGUUUUAAUUGUGUGUGAGUGCGUGUGUGUCAAGUAAUCAGACAAAACAAGGUAAGGUCAUACUGCACAGAUGUGUGAUGCACUGUCCCCUAGCCUCCUGUUUCACUACCUUCUUUUUCAGAGGGCCAAUGGUAUCAAGUGUAUUACGCAGGAAGGCUGCAGUACUAU